GAAGAAGAUUCAAGGGGAUUUCGCUCGGCGGAUUAUUUAUCCACGUUUCUUAGAGGCCACGGUUCCGUGACAUUGCAAGUCGUGAUUCUUCGUCAUCAUACUUGAUGGUUGCAAAUACAGUCGUAUUAAGCCUCACUAAAGUGAGACAAAACAUAUCUAACUUGAGAAGGAACUGCUGAGCAAGAGACUAGCGCCUUAGGGAUAGUCGGAUCAAAAGACCCAAAGUCCAGCUGGGGCUGAGCUAGGCCCCGAUGAUACAAAGAUCUUGGACCCGAGCAGGUGUUAGUAUCCAGCAAGUUUCUCUCUUCCUCUGCCAUUCUGAGGCUUUGAACCGCCAUGAUUAUUUGUCAAUCAGGCUUGGAAUGGCCUGUAAACUUGCGCUCCCAGUAAAGACCUACUCCUAAGUACGGGAUGAAACUGGCAUACUUCCAUUGCACAGUUAGUUAUCAUCUCUACGGGCCUCGCUGCUUCGCGGACUUGUCACAACCAGCCAAAGGUCGGCAUAUGGAGGUAUUCACAUAUUACGUUGUUUAUCGCUAAUUAGCUCUUUACCUUGAACGAUGGCCAUCCCAACGCUGGAAGGACUUCCGACUGAGUUGCGGAUCGUCAUUCUGAGAAACAUCACCGAUUUGAGUACCCUGAGGAGCCUUAUUCAUGGUUCUAUGAUAUACCAAGAAACCUUUCACAGCGCUCGCGAGGCUAUCCUUGAAAAUAUAAUUUACCAUCAGUAUGGUCAUAUGGGGCUCGCACAGGCAAUUGCUGCGGUGCAAUCAAAGGGAAUGCACGCUUCAGAGGCGUCACACAAACCAGGAAUUGCGACUAUCUUGAACCGCUGUCGCCAUUUUCGAAGCGGCUGCUCCUCAAGAACGCUCCGAGCUACUGUCUCAAUAACCGCUGAAGAAUGUGUUAAGUUACUAGAUCUUCACGAGGAGUUCGUCUUCUUCUUACAAGACUUCUGUUUGACAGCGCCAUGUCCACCAUGGAUGGAUGCAGUAAAAUGGCGAAGUGAAAUGUUACCAGUGCGUUUGUCCGAUGUUGAGGCGGCACGUAUUCUUCGGGCUCUCUGUCGCCUUGAAACGUUUUGUAAUAUUUUUGGUGUAAUGGACAGGGAGGUGGAGCUUAAGCCAGAAGGGAAGCAGCAGGCAAGUUGGAUCGGUCAUACUUAUGACUGGGCAGAAGUGUGGGAUAUUUUCUUUGGCACGAUGCCUCCUUGGGAAGUUGAGGAGAUAUUCUGUGUUCGGGCGUAUCUGCGCAGAAAAUAUGCUGGGAUUUUCGCAGAGAUUGCAAAUGAUGUAUCAAGACACAUCCCAGGCCCGCAUGGUGAGCAUAUUUGCAAACCAAACUGGAACUUUGGUCUUGCACGCGAACUAACCUGGGCUAAUUAAUCUGUGAACAGUUUAUGAAUGUCAGCUGCAUCUCGAACACAUGGCUGAUAUGGGUCCCAAUUUUCUUUAUAGGGUUCUCCAUGAGCCACAUAAAAGGCGCAGGGAUAUGGUUGAGAGGAAUAUCGACAGCGCAGCAUGGUCGAUCUUCGAACUAAUGAUAUUCAUGAUCGAGCCUUGGGGCCCUGGUUCUCUUGCAACUAAGCACUGCGGGUAUGGAAUUCCCGUGUCUUCGCUCCCUCAUGUCGAGCGACCAAAUCUCAAGUAUAUCCGAUAUCGAGGCCGAGGCGGGUCAGUUGACGCCACCCAUCUCGAUGAAUUGUUCAGACAUCCAGGUAUGGGGGAUUACGACGGCUGGAAUUGGUAUUCGCUGAUAUGGGAUGAUGAAAGGUUGCUCAAGUUGAAGGCGCCUUUGUAGUGGAUCCGGCCAUCAGUGUCGGAAUUGGAAGAUUUUGACCUCUUAAUAUGUCUAACACAAGUGCUUUCACGUUUGAGAGUUGCUCUAAGCGCAGAAUGUCGCAGACCUCGUCAGCAUGAAAAGAAUGCUAGCUCAAAUCUCAACCUGGCACACAGUUUUAAGCAAAUCCACACAAAUGGCUAGUUAUGGGUAUAGGGAAUACUAUUUAUACAGCUCGAUGGAUGGCAGCAGCCUAUGUUAAAGAGCUCUCCAUAAGAUUCGGUUGUUCCGUCCCCUGAGGAUUCUUCGGAUCUUGUGUGGGUGAGCGCCAGGGGAGCUCGCUGCAGAGAAGUUACAGUCCGAACGUUGCUAGAUAACACUACCCUGUACUAUGUAGCCCCGAAACGGUUAGGCGGGAGCCAGGAGAAGCUUGCCGUGAACUUUAGUGAAGUUAGUUAGUUAGU